UUAUUACAAUCACUGCAAUCACUAUGAAUGUGAUAUAGUUGUCAAAAUGGCGUGUCUACGAAGCAGCAAAGUUUUGCAGAUAAUCAGUACCAUGGCAAUAGUUUUAUUAAUAAUAAUAGUCCUAAUAGUACAAAUUUUUCCUUCUCAACUGGACCUCAACGCGACAGCGUCAAAUUUUGUUUGGUGGAAGGAAAUCCAAAAACACGUUUCCUGGAACGAGUACACCGGAUGGGCCCUAUUUUUUGCCAGCCUGGCGGCUCUUUGUUUGUGGUGUUGUUUCAGAAACAUGCGAGCAAAACCUAAAGAGAAAAAAGAAGAUUUAGGGCGCUCAGCGCAGCCGUUGAUGCGUCAAUUAACUCGCACUAUGACAGUGUAAAUAGUGAUUUAUCCUUGUUGAAUUUAAUAUUCAACAAUGAAGAGAAAGUGUGAUAUUUUUAGAAAUUUUCAGUCGUGCUGUCUGGAGAGGUUCAUAUUAGGUCCUUUACUUAUUGUGAUCUUAAUUAGUGAUUUUUUUUGAUAAAGGGUCUGUAUAUUUUUAUUUUUUACUGAUUCGUUGUAAGUUUGAUGGUACAUUUGAGCAAGUAUUUAUUUGUAAAUUUGCAUAAUUCUGUGUGUUGUCUCUAUUUUUCUAACUGUUGCCUGUAAAUAUUUAUUUUGUAUCGUCUGUAAAUACAAAACUUGAAAAUUUGUUGCUUUUGAGAGUUGACUGGAUAUUUAAACUGUGUUGGUAACCCUGCUACACGAACGACAACGAAAUCGCAAAGUUGCCAACUUUAAUUUUUAUUUAAAAUCUCGACUGAUAAGAUUAAAUUAUCUAACUGCAUGAAGCAGACGAUAGUAAAUAAACUGUGUCAAACCACUUAUAUACAAACAUGCCACGCCUUCGGUGCACCCAAAUUUUGAAAACUACCGGUUUUAUGGUGACCAUUUUAUUAAUCUUAACAUUCAUAACGACACAAGCUUUGCCUCCUACAACCGAGCCGACUUCACUCUUGGCAAGUUUUGAGAAACAUUUUUCCUGGAAUAUUUUGUUUGGAUGGGCCCCAGUUGUUGUCAUUGUGGCCGCUUUUUGCUUGUAUUGGUGGUUUAGACAUGUGGAUACAAAGCCUCCGCCAGAAAACGACAUACUAUUAAUAAGGGAUGACGGGACAGUGUGAUAAUAAAUUGCAAAAUUGUUAAAUUGAUUAUUUAUGGCGAAAGACAAGCUGUGAUACUUAGUUCUAAAUAAAUAAAAUAUUCACUGUUAAA